CACAACCAAGAGAAGAAGGAUAUAAUCAAUCACCCACUUGUAAUUUGAUGCAGCACAGUAAAAUGAGCUCCCUGGAGACUACAAGGAUGUAAAUCAAAGCCACGUGCGAAUGAGCUACGGUGACGAGAUCAUUCAGAAAAAGAUCGUCAACUUCGUGAUUAAUAGGAUCAUCAUCAUCUAUGAGGUCAUUAUUUCACUUGUGAUGAAACCUUCUAAAACUAUCGCGGGAUAGUUUAUGACCAUCGACAUAAUUGAUCUCUUUUGUGACGAAAUAACCAAAAGUUUACAAAGUUAUAAAAUAGAAGAAAGAAUUAAGAUCUUCAUUAGCAAAGAGGAAUCAUUUCAGGAUGGAAGCUACACGAGAAGAGAGCCUUCAUAAAGUCACUUACCAAAGAUGUCCACAUGAAUUCAACCAAACUGAGGAUAAUGGCAUAAUGAACCUGGCGAUAUUCCAAGCAUAUACGAUACCGAUGAUACCUCUUGCAGUUUUUGUGGUUAUUGGUAAUUCACUAGUUAUUGCUGCCGUCUACAGGAAACGUGCUCUACGAACUCCAACCAACCUAAUCCUCACCAGCCUAGCUGUAGCUGAUCUUCUAACUGGCCUGGUAGCCUGUCCUUUGCAGAGUUUUGCUCUCUACAAAAUUUUCACCCCUCAGGCAACGACAUCAGUUAUUUUGACUCUUCCAUAUGUUGUGUUCAGCGGAAUAGCUUUUAUCCAUAUUGUAGGUGUGACGAUCGACCGUCACAUCGCCAUAACGAGACCGCUGCGUUAUGCUACAUUAGUGACGCAUAAGCGCGUCGGUCUUGGGAUAGUGCUUACAUGGGUUCUCUGUGUUGCCGGCUUCGCAGUUCGUACCACCUUUUCUGUCGUAAAGAACAUCAGCGAAGGCGGAUCGAUCAUCUGUGAAGCGGAUGAAUUCAAAACUCCAAUAGCUCGAAUCCAAGCAUGGUCCAUCCUUGCUUUCAUAUCCGUCUUAACUCCCUUGCUGAUUGUGUUUAACAUCAGAAUCAUGUACAUUGCCAUGAAGCAGUCUAGUGCCAUUCGUGGCCAAAGAGAUACCUUUGAACAUCUUGGACAACCGAGUUUACGCAGUGGUCGACUUAAAGCGGUUAAGACAACGAUAAUGAUCGUCGGCGCUUUUCUCGUUAGUUGGAUACCAGUCUAUGCUUACUUCUUGGUCCAGCUGGCUGAUGUUGGUGGUAUCAUCUUCCGGGAUGUCCUUGCUGUGGUGAGUCUCCUGUCAGUAGUCCUCAGUUCAGCCGUAAAUCCCUGCAUCUAUUGCUACAGGGAUAGGGAAUUCAGACAAGCAUUUUUGUGCAAACGGCUUCAAAGAUCAGGCAGUUCUGCUAUGCCUGGAUCCAGACAAUCAGCCAACCUUAAGCUGAGUGUGAGACAUAGCCCACAUUCUUCAGGAGUAGAUGUCGAUGUGAAUUACAAUUCUCUUGUUCUGACUUCAUUGGACUUGAUAGAUAAUACAGAAUGCUGAAAGGUUUAAAACCAAGGAAAUUAUCCUUACAUUUGUCACCUUGCAAACGGAGUAGGCGGUAAUGGCUGGCUCAAUAAAUUAACUUUGAACUGUGUCAUCCCCACCAAGCCACAAGCUUUUCCGAUUGAAUCCCUUUUUAAUAUGUGCCAAAUGUAUUUGUAGGAUCUAAAGUUACACAUUUGAUUUGAUAUGUUAUUCUAAGUGACACGAUAAACUUUUCUACAUGUAUAAUUCUUUGUCUUGUGGUGUUUGUAUUUUUACCUUCCGGCCUUUGAACAUUUUUACGCACAUGGCAGUAUUAUCUUUUUAGCGACUCCCAUACAAGCCUAAGAGGUGCUAUGUAAUCGGAAGGGCCUGCAUGGAAGAAAGAAGCAAACUAAAUUUUCACUUUGAACUUAAAAGCGUGAUACAGGAUGUGUAUUUGGAUAAACUAUUAUAAAACCUGUUAAGAUUCUAGGACGCAGAAUUGUUGAUGACUUUGGCAACCCAAAUUAAGUGACGAUCCCGAAUCGGUCAAAUUCAUGCUUUUUCAGGCUUUUUCAUCCCAUUAGUCUGACAAUACUCGCAAAAUGGAUAGAUUAUGUAUAAGUGAAUAGGCAUAUUACUCCCCCAUGGUUCGGAACUUGCGUUCUCCUUUGAUAAGACGAUUCAUGCUAAAAUAUGUGUCUUUUGGUGAAGUACCUAACACCAUGUAUUCUUCACUAUUAAUCACUGAUCCAGAAUGCUUGACAUUUAUUUGUAUUAUUUUAAUGCACAAUAAACCCCAAAACAUAUGCACAAAUUAUGUGAUUGAUUCUCUUCACUAACCAAACAUUUGCCUCUGAAAUAAUGUCUCUUUCAGUGAUUUUUGUGAAAAUAAAGGGUCACAAGGAGGAUUGUUGUAUAGUAGGCUUUCAAACUAACAUUCGUGCUUAAAACUGUUGUUAAUGAACCCCAACACAAGAUGCACUCCUUCAGGCUAAGUGGUGAAUGUAGACUACAAUAUGUUCGGUGAGACCAGAAAAACAAACUUGAUUGUGUGUAAUAUAUUAUCUACUGAAUUCACAAUUAAGUAUCUAAAACAUGGUAGAACUUUUUAAAUGGCAGAACGUUUAAAUAUGUUGAUUUUCCGGUGGGGUUCACUACUUUUGAGUACCACUUUCCAUAAUGACGUAGUGGAUUGCAACAUAUAAUUUUUUUUAUUUUAACUUAUCAAUUAAAAUAUCUUUAUACAAGAUAACAAGCUCAGAUUGACUGUUUUUCAGCAUGGUCCUGUUAACAUAAAGUAACAAUAUAUACAUAAAAGAUAAAAGUGUAACUUAGGUUCUAUACAAGUAAUGAAUGAAUUCAUUCAAUAACAUUGGAAUCAGAAUUAUCACUAAUACCAUGGAGGUAGAACCUCCAUGCUAAUACAAAAAUUGUUCAAAGAUGACAAAUUUAAUUUUGAGAAAAUCGAUGAAAUGAGAAUAGUUAUCCUGUAGACAACACAAUAACAGUAAAAUAUAAACUAAGGUGUAUAAUAUCAUUGACAUAAUAAAUAAUUCAACAAAAUGUAUAAAGGAAAUUAGGAAUAUAUUAUUGAGCAUAUUAUAUACUAGACUUAAGUAGAAAAUUUACAAAAAAAUAUCGCCAAGCAAAGUAUUGGAAGCUCAUUUGCUAAGAGUAUGAAUUUUAUUAUAACAUAUUGGAUAUCCCAAAUCAUGAACACAAUCAAGAAAAGAAAAAUAGAGUAAAAUGGAACUAAAAGCAUCUAAUGCUGAUUAUUGAAAUAAAACUUCUUAUAAAUCAAUUUAAAUAUUUCAAUAGUUUGUGCAUCGAAAUAUGUAUAAACAAAUAUCCAGGAAUCAAGUUUCCACUGUAUUCAUGAAGUGUCCCAAGACUAAAUGUCUGAAGUCAAUUAAAAAUUUAGAAGGAAGGAAAUCCUGAUAUUGAACUUGAAUUUUGAAUGUUAAUGGUAUAAAAGAUUUCAGUCUAUACAAUGUUUCGCUAUUUGCUUUGGAUAUUUAUUAUCCUGGUAUCAAAAUAUUGAAUUCAAUUAGGUACAGUACAUCGGACCCUAAAAAUAAAAUGCUUCUCUUUGGUAAAAUACCAUAUGGAUGGUUCCCAGAAACUGACAAAUUAUGCUCCACAAAAAGAAUGCAAGGAUUUAUAAUUUGAUAUUAAAAUCAAAUCAAUGCAUCCUUGCAUAUCAUGAUGAUUAACCAAACUGAAAUAGAUAUUGUGAAAGAAUUUUGGGGUUUUACUUUCAUAAUUUCUUAUGAAUGGCAGUUACGUAAUUAUUUGCAACUAAUGCUUUUUAAAUUGGAGGUCUGAAGUAAGUAGUUUUUUGUCGAAAAGUGAUGUUGGCCCCUUUGCAACAAUGCAAAAAACCAAUCAAAUAUUUUAAUUUAGAUCUCAAUGUAAAAGGCGUUGGCUGAAUGAGAGCAAACAUUUUAUUUUUAAAUCAGGGGGAAAUGACUAUUUUUGUUGAGCUUUUACUUGCGAUGCUGCAAGAUCUGUCAUUGGUUUUUAAGAGGCACGUGUUAUGGCUAUAUAUCUGGACCCUUCCACCCCAUAAGGCCCAAUCUUCAGGAAAACAAAUGUGAUUUUUAUCUGAGAUAUACUUGUUCAGCAUUAUAACUUUGGUUUGGUUUGGUUUUAUUUACCGUAUAAAAAUCACAAUAAAAUACAUUUCACAAGAUAUUGUAUUAAAUAUAAAUAUAUAAACAUGCACAUAAAAAUAUACGGAUGGAUCACUCUAUUCAGAGCCAUUAAUAUAAUGGCUCUGUUCUUCCUAGAGGCCCAGUCAAAGUAACAUGAGAAAUAAUAUGACAUAUAUAUAUAUAUAAUGACACAUUGAUGAUAACACGUAUUUAAAAUAUUAUUAAUUGAAAAAAUAAAUAAUAAUAAAUACUACACAAAAGCAAGUGGUAAACAACUGAAAAUAAUAAUAAUUAGACACAAUUACGCAAUAACAGUCCUAAACCUUUCUUAUUCCUAAUGAUACCUUAAACCUUAACCCCCCCCCCCCGGUCAACCAAAAGUUUAAAGAUCAAAGGUUUCUGUCCAUUUAUCAAGGUCAGUUUUAAAUAAAGUGAGUGUGUUGGGUCUGCGAAGAUUAAGUGCCUUGGUGAAUCCUAAUGAUACUUUUCUAGCCGACACCCACCUUAUUUUAGUCUGGUCUAACAGUAUAGUAAUCAGAUAUGAAGUAAGGUAUACACUGGUAACAUGUGACACACUUAUCAUUUCUAUGCUCUACCUAAACAUCAGAAGUGAAAGUUGAUGUAUAUAGAUGAUGCCAUGUGACAGGUGGGGAUUCCCCCUCCCACGCCACACACCUAACAUAUAUCGCACUUUCGAUUGAAUUUUGAAGUACAGGUUUUUGUUUCAUAAUUAUAGAAAUCGUACAACAUGGAAACAGUUUGUGCUGCUCAACAUUUUGUUGCACUGAAACUGUUGGCCAAAGUUUACAAUUGCACCACAUCAUUACUGAAUACAUACAAAGAUAAUGAUAAUUGGUUUAUUUGAAUGGAUAACUAGGAUCGAUGCCUCUGCCUCUUGUAAUGCCAUGGAGUAAUUAAUGCAAAUUUCAUGCAUCGUUUACAUUUGUCUCGGCGAGCACACUCAUUAAUAGUCCAUUUAAAGGCAUACAGACUUUUGUCCCAAGGUACUUAAAUCAUUCUUGUUGAUGUAGAUGGCUAAAUAUGUCUGGUUAAAGGAGGUUUUUCUUAAAAAAAAACACCUUCUCUUUUACUCUUAAUUUACUUCCUCGUUCACAUGUAUGGAAGGAGGUGUAAUGAAGUCAGACGUAUUCUAGUAGAAUAACCAACAAAACAACGUCUUAAGCAUUCAGUCUAGCUUUGUGCUUGCUAUAAUUUGAAUCGGUUCAGAUUAAGCCUUUUUUCAAGAAAGUAGUAUUCAUUGAUUUACAAGAAGUAAGAAAGGAUACCGGCAGUGUGCUUUAAAUGUGACGUUCAAGUUUGUCGGGGAUGUAAUGUUUGUCUAUUCAUUUUAAUUGUGUUUGAUAAUUUUUUCAUAUCGGGUUAUGAUAGUUGUGAGGAUAAU